CAGUCGUUCCUCGCCUCCGUCACGUCCGUAACUCAUGUCCACAGUGUUCAGACCAGUUGUCAAGCGUACUUACGGACGUUCGGCAGUGACUACGCGUGCCAUUCCAUCCUCUCCUCGCUCGGAGUACUCAUCUGAUCCGCUGGAGGCAUUGUUAUCGCCACCUAAGAAACGUAAACGCGACGCGUCGCAGUUCACUGCACUCUUCACCAGGACCAACACUAUCACUCAGCCACCCGCAAAGAAGCCCAAAACACAAUCCAAUCCAUCUUCAACGCGUUAUAACCCUAACAGCAAUGUCGCAACGAAAAAGAUACCAAAGCUUAAACAGCUCCAUUUGACACUCGCCCAGACAUCCGUUCGUCAAUGCAACUCAUGUGGACUAUCGUACACUCAUGGUGCACCAGAGGACGAAGAUCUUCAUCGAAAGUAUUGCGUGCGCGUAUCAAAAGGAUCGGAAUGGGGACGGGAGGAAUCGCGUGUGGAAGGCAAAGAAGUUGAGGUCAUCGAAAAGGACAUUCCGCUUAAGAAUAAUAAAAUGCGAGGAAGAGUUGUAGCCUUUAGGGCGGACGCCUCUGGGAAACUUGGGUCUAAACUUUCUAUCAUCCUACAAACAGUCAACUUCACGCUCUCUGCACCGGAUCUCACUCCGGAUGUCCUCUCCCAAUCCAAGGCCUAUCUCUUUCUCGUCCCCACUCCGGGUGCACAUCCCUUGCGUGAAAAGAUUGUGGGGUGCCUCAUCGCCCAGCGCAUCGAGACAGCAAUGGAAGUUGUCGAUCCAGAACGCUUAUUUUCGUUAACGAAUGAGCAGAGUAGCGCGAAAAACACACCUUUCUCCCGGUCAGGCAUAAAUCUGGAUAGCCUUGUUUGCGUACAGGAUUCUACCGAUGGGUCCCAAAGUGGGGGACUUUUCUGUUUACCCAAUCCUGUACCCACGCCGCUCGGUAUUCCACGCAUAUUUACCGCAUCUUCGUAUCGACACCAAGGUAUUGCACAGCAUCUUCUCAACGCCGCCACACGCACAUCCAUUCAUGGCUGUGUUUUGGAUCCGAGCAAGGGCCAAGUUGCCUUUAGUCAGCCGACAGGGGCUGGGAGAGGGUUGAUGGAGAAGUGGGGUGGUGGGAUGGUCAGAAUCUACCAAGAGUAGGGAACGUUGGUGGGGUCGAGAUAUUUAUCUUGUUAAGUAUUUUUCUCCGUUGUAUACCUAAUUCGAUUUGCAGUCCUUUUGCUUCGCAUUGAGAUGAAAUCAGUCAGCCAGGGCUCGGAUAGCUUCUCGCCGAGCGUUAAUCCUUGGAUCUUCCGUUCGCCUAACCAGCCAAGGGGAUGACGCGGGAACCUCUUGAUAUUAGUCAA